AGGUGGAGGAUAGCGAAGGGCGUGGCUUAUCCAUCGCCAGAGUCUCAGAAGCAUAUCUUCUUAACUGGGCUGCUGCUUUGUUCUUGGCCACAGUUCCUCGUCAGUGAUUUUUUUUCUGGCCAGCUGAUCAAAAGAAUCUUCCUGAGGCAGCACAUUUAAUAGUUUGUCCCUAUUAUAGAUGAAAGGAAUACUAUUUAUAAUUUUGAGCGUUUGUAAGGUCAAUGGACUCUGCAUUACCGGGCCGUGUGGACCUGGUCAGUAUUUAGAUGGUGCCUGCAAGCCAUGUCCUCCAAAUACAUUCUCGCCGUAUGAGAAUCAUGGCUGUCAGAACUGCAAGAGAUGCUCCACGCUAAGUCAAGAGAACCAUGAAGUUCUGUUGGAAAGCUGCACUCCUUUCAAAGAUGCGAUCAUCGGGUGCAAGCCUGGGUACUACAAAAUGACUGCACACGACGGAGAUGACCGCGAGUGUCUUAAAUGUACCCGCUGCCCUAAAGGUACGGUCAUCUUGACCAAAUGUGGUCAGCACGUUAAUACAGUUUGUGCAUCUUCGAAGAAGCCAGAGAGACAUACGGAAACCCCAGUGGACUUAGGAGACCCUCCUGGAUAUGUUAUGAUAAUCGUUAUCUGUACUGGGUUUGUGUUAUACAUUGGUUUAAGCGUUGCCUCUUGGGAUCUAUCAUAUCUUGGACAAAAGAUAUGAAAAAAAAAAUUAUAAUGACAACGAUCGAAGACGUCCAACUAGACGUGGCGAGAUCAUUAUCUAAAGAUUCUUUUUGUUUUCAACUCUUAUUGACUAACAGUAUGUAUGUAUACAUAAUGCAUAUAGAGCCUAUUAUAGAUAUAGAGUACCUGGUGACAGAAGAUGCUAUCAGUACCUACGAGGGAAACUCGAAUCUUGAUAGCCGCACACUGGCGUUUAACAAGAACUGUGCGUGCGGCGCCUCGAAUAGAUAGAUAUACCUGCAAAUGUGUGGAAGAGAAGAUACCUGCAAACUGCGUGGCAGAAAAGGUACCUGCAAAAUGUAUGGUAGAGGAGAUUUCCGCAAGCUGCGUGGCUGGCGUUCUGUCGGACUACACAUCCUUGACAAGGUCUGCUGACUUUGCGUCUUAGAACAACGACCCUGGGAACUACAACAGUGGUCGACACUAGUUCCUUUUGUGUUAAGUGACCGCCACAGUGGCCCUCACUACCUUCCACUGUAUUAGGUGUCUGACGUCAGCGACAACCGCCAUGAAGUCGAAGCUGCAAUCACGACAUCGUCUCAAGAACUGACUGGCCAACUGUAGAAAGAGAAAGUGGUACCUGCAGAGGACAUUAUAUAUGGCUUUGCGGGGAACACGUUUUCAGUCGUCUGUGACUCCAACCGAUCGAGUUCCACCUGAACUUGCAAACUUCCAAUGCCUCAGUGUGAAUAUUUCGGGAAGAAAAGCGCUCUUUUACACACAAGGCAUGGACAGAUCCAAGAGAAGGAUGUUGACAUUAGAAAAACACAACGGAGAUUAGCUCAUAUCUAGGACUUACAACUUAGAUUAGCUCAUAUUUAGGACUUACAACGGAGAUUAGCUCAUAUCUAGGACUUACAACGGAGAUAAGCUCCUAUCUAGGACUUACGAUAACUGUCCUCAAGGCAUGCAAUGUAAUUGUGUGUUUAUGAUGUCCUGUAAUUAAAGACAUUUCCUCUUUGGGCUACUUUCCUUAAAUUUAUAACAAUAUUUAUAAAAAAUGUUCUAUAAAAGUAAAAAUAUUAUUCUGAAUAAUAAUUAAUAGAAAUAUACUGCUUAUUUAAAGCCGUCGGAGAUUUGUUGUUAAUCGGUUACUGAGUAAUUAAUACUUAGCCGAUUAGGUUUAUAACUGAUUAUUGUUCAUUAAAUUUCAUUCAUAAUGACAAUAUCAAUUUUGGAGGUUAAAACAAAUUUGGAUGUGGGUCAAACUCUAUAAAACAAGCAAAAAAAAACAACAACUUUUUUAUUAACAAAGCUUAUCUAAGGGAAAGAAUCACUAAUUGCUGCCAUUUAUUUUUAAAUGGCAGUGUUUGGCUCCCUUUCCGCGAUAUAGUACAAAAUUAAUUAAUGAUUACUAAUUAAUUAACUAAUUGUUUAAUUUUUUGAUUAAUUCAUGCAUUGUCAUUGACUAUGAAUUUUUAACAAAAUAUCUGGAACAAUUUUUUGUACACGUUAUUUCUCCCACACCCAUUCUCGGAUCAAGUUGAAACUUUACACAAUUCUGUGUUGUACUUAACAAGACAUAAGUCAAUCCAAAAAUUUGUAUCAAUUAGGGAAUUCAAUAAGCGAUCCAGAGUUAUCUUCACUGCAAAAGCAUUAACUCUAUCUCUCCAUAAUUAUUUAACGCGUUCAGAUGGAAUUAUUAAUUUUGCCAUUUGUAUUUCAUUGCCCUGUUACGACUCAACUUCAGUUACGUUUUUGAUUUAAUUAGAAAAUAGUAGGCUUUAAGUGACAUUGGUAGCUUUUGUGACUUUUAUGCAACUCCACUUAAAGUUAAUAAGCCCAAAAAUAAAGUUACUUUAAUGGGGUUACAUCAACGAACGUAUCGUCAAUCGGAAGAGAAAGAGUUAAAUAAAAAAAAUAAAAAGAACUGGAACAUAACAGUCACGAAGGUACGCAGACAAACACACACACACACAUAUGAUAUGUCUAUACUGAGUAGAGCAAAAAUUCUACUAAUCCUUGCUCUAUAAGCUGUUACACUGUGAAAUUCUUCGAUUUAGACUAUAUUGGACCGUAUGGACGCAAAUUUGAACAUAGAUCCACACACACACACACAUACACAAACUCGAAUAUGUGUAGACAUACAACUGACACAUUGAAUGCAUACAAAUACUAAGUGUAGACUAGAUGUCAAUGUAGACUAGACGUCAAUGUGGACUAGGUGGUUCGUGAUUCAGACUUGUACAGGGAAAUAAAGUGUGACAUUGUGGCUUUAUUUUUGUCAUGCUUCACUGAUUGAAUGGACGCUCCAUUUGUUUUUCGUUGUUUUUAUUCUUAGUAAAUUCGUAUGUCUUGUGGAGAACUUCAACUUGAUAUUUGGAACUAGCUCUGGCUUGUAGAUCUUUUUCGUGUAAAGCACAUGGUGUUGAAUCCCAAUCAAAGUCAGAGAAUCAUAUUAUAACACAAUCAUAAUACAACAUAAUUAUUCAAAAAAUCAAAACCUUUUUAAUGUUGAAAUUGCAAAGAAUGAUAAUAAAGAUUGUGGGGAACGGUAGGAGUACUAAUGCAACGGAGGUUAAAACCUUCUAUACGCUCAGUUAACAUUGUGGUAAUUGAGUAGUAGGCCUUCAUUCAUCUGUCCCAUAACUUACGCGUCGUGGGCUUCCUAUGACUGUUUGUGUAACCAAAUCCAUUCAUUUUUCCCGAUCAGAAGGAUGGCAAGAGAGAGAGAGCCGCCAAUUCUUUUACAUUGUUCAGCAAGUUUCUUUGUACAUUGAAGGAUGACUUUUGACAAUGAGUUUUGUUUUACACCUUGACCCAACCAACUCAGCCUUCGUCUGUUCAUAGGAUUGAGGAGUUCCUCCUUUUUUUUGCCAGCCAGAGUGUUAAAUUUCAAAGUAAAAAUUCGCUUGUCUUCUUUUCCUGAGACCAGGAAAAGAUUCUUGUAGGAUGCACUUACUUAUUGUAGAUUAACAUCCUCUCAGGCUGUUCGGCUCAUUGCGCGGCAGAAUGUCUAACACACAAUAGCAAAGCAGUAGCAUCUAAAAGUUCUCCAAAAUAAUUUCAUCUUCAUAAUUGUUUUAAACAAAAUCUAUUUGUUUUUAAAGUAAGUAUUGACGAGAAAUAAAAACCUUGCAGAAAUGGCUUAAUAAGCUCAGCUCCGGUAGUUUCAGAAAAUGAAUAUUUGUUCAUUUACUUUAUAAUAAUAAUACUAUCUUUAACUCUUUCUCUCCUAACUGACGAUACUAGCGUUGAUUCCACUAGAAUGUGGUAAAUAAUUACGAGAGAAAGAGUUAAUAUGAUUAUCUUCCUAUACAUAAACAAAUGACAAGGAUAGCAAGCGAAAUGUACAUCUCUAAGGGCUUCAUUCAUUUGUAUACUAAAAACAUUUCUGCAAGAUGUUAAUACACUACACAUCACUAUGUCAUAUCACUACAUGUCGUAAUGUAGUGGUAGGCUAUAGACUUAGUUGUACCUAAACUACGCUUGAAAUACUAAGACAAUCUACACAGUAUGAGACUCCGAAAGAUCAAGAGGUUUAUCUACUUAGCCUUGGCUUUAAUUACAGUCUACAACUUUGUCCAGCUUAUGAGAUGGACUGAGAAUUACGGAGAGAGUGAGAGUCAUUUAUUUCGUUUGGAACAAAGCGAGUCCGAAGUACAGGCGGGCCUCGUUAUCGACGAAACAUUCACCGAAGAUGGCUAUCCGGUCAAAUCUGUGCAUGGCGUAGAGGUGAAGAAAUCUGGAUGGAAUUAUUCUGAUGUCCAGCUGCCACGUUUUGUCGAGCGUGGGGACCAGUGGAGUCCAGGUGAAGACGGUCAACCUUUCCAGUUUGUGGAUCCCAGCAAACAGAAGACGCAGGAGAAAAUGAACGCUUUGCGAGAUUAUUUGUUUGACGUGACGGUUAGUGACGUCAUUUCCGUCCACAGAAGACUGCCAGAUCUACGCUCUGAAAGGUGCCAGAGAGAGGAAUACGUAGACGUCCCAGCUGCCUCGGUGAUCAUUGUGUUCCAUAACGAGGCUUGGACAACACUCCUGAGAACCAUCUCCAGCGUCCUAGACAGAACUCCAGCCUAUCAGCUUAUGGAAAUUUUACUGAUUGAUGAUGCAUCAACCAAAGAGCAUUUAAAACAGCCUCUGGAAAAGUAUAUUCAAUCACUUAUCAAAGUACGUCUCAUCAGAACUACACGUCGACUAGGUAUCAGUCAAGGGCGAAACCUUGGUUACCAGUAUGCCAAGGGAAACAUUAUUGUAUUUAUGGACUCGCAUGCAGAAUGUCUGCCAGGAUGGUAUGAGCCUCUGGCUUCCACAAUAAUGACAGAUCAAAAAGCCAUUGCUAUCCCAGUCAUUGAUACUAUUGACCCUAACACGUUCGCUCUUGAGAAACAAUCGGAGUCUCUAAUUGGAGGCGUUCACAUUCACUCGUUGAUGUUCUUCUGGUUGGAGCGUCGACAUGCCCAAGUCUCAAACAACCUGAGAAUAGAAUCUCCCACACUGCCUGGUGCCGUGUUUGCCAUUUCAAAGCAGUGGUUCUCACGACUUGGUAUGUUUGACCCAUACUUACUAAUCUGGGGCGGAGAGAACAUAGAGAUGUCUUUCAAGGCGUGGAUGUGUGGUGGGUCCCUACUGAUUACUACAUGUUCCCACGUCGCCCAUUUGAAGAGAACGCCCCAGAACGUAGACUUAGAGAGAGCUCUUCUAAAUUCUGCCCGUGUUGCUGAGGUUUGGAUGGAUCAAUACAAACAAUAUUUUCACGAGAAGAGUGCCUUUAAGUACACACAGUUUAACCAUAAAAACAUAGAAUCUCGCAUAGAACUGCGCAACUCACUGGAGUGUAAAAGCUUUUUCUGGUUUCUGGAUGUGGUGAGUCCUGAACUGUUGAGGGAAAUUGACACCUACAGUUUAUACCUUGGGCAGCUCACAAACAAGGCUUAUGGAGUUUGUCUAGAAGCCCUGCAAAAUUACGCCACACCGGAAUUGACACAGUGCAAGGCGUUGUCCUCCCAGGUUUGGAUGUUGAGAACAGAUGGGCGCCUCACGUGCUACGGCUCUGCUUUGAUUGGUCAGCCGGGUCGUGGUUCUGACGAUAUGAAACUGAUGACAGCACCGGUGAACACUUCCUGGACACACGACAUCAGCCCUGAGCACCAAUGGGACUAUGACAUGCACGAACGUCUGGUCCAUAAGAGCAGUGGGCUGUGCCUUGCGAUUAACAUCUAUAAAACAUCCAAGCUGCAGAUGAUGAACUGUAUAUCCAACUCCAAGGAAAUGAAAUGGUCGUUUCCAUCACGGAAAGAUUUCUACCAUCUUCAUCAGCAGAUGGCCAGCUCAGCAGACGACGAACAGUAGAGAUUAUAUAUUUUAAAUUGUCAUUAAUGAUCCAUGUGUAUACAAUAGUAGCGUUACAAUGGGGUGCACCCGCACCGGAUGACACUUAACCUAUUGACGCCGCUGGCAGUUCAAAUCCUAACGUUACUUUUUAAAAAUCUCAAAGGGUGGGAAUGAAUAAACAAAAUUUACGUUAUUAAACAAAGGGAUCAUUAAGUUCUGACGUCAAUAAUAAAUACAGAGUGUGUGUGUACGAGUUUCUGAUGUAACCAUGAGAAACGAAGGCAGAUGGUUUGAUUGUGUAGGCUGAAUAUAUUCUGAUGAAAUCAUGAGGUGGUAUGUCGUAGUUUAAGUUACUAAAUACUGGUGUGAAAGUUGAAGUGAGGAACAGUGGCGUAGCUAAGGAUUCGGGAGCCCGGGGGGGGGGGCUUGAUCUUAUUAGGAGCCCCUUCAUUUUGACAUUGGACAUCAUGACAUGAGAUGAUAGCAUAAUAUUUAAUGUAAAAACUUUUUUCAAACACUCAUUUGGGAGCCCCCACUUAAAGGGGGGGGGGAUUUUCAGAUUUUGACUCCCCCCAUCCCCACCCUAACUACGCUACUGGAGUGGAGUGCAAGCGAGAUACGUGAGACAGAUAAGACGUAUAUUUUUAACGAGUGAUAUCUUGUUGCAAAUUAUCCUUUCAAUUGUGUCUCUAUAGACAUCUACAUUAAAGUUGAAGUCUUGUCUAUUUUAAAAUAUUUAGAAAUAAAACUUUUAUUCAAUUUUU